AUGCCAACGAAUGGGAUCCACCAGGUCCUGAAGAUCCAGUUCGGGCUGAUCAACUGCGAGAGCCGGUACCUGACGGCGGAGAGCUUCGGCUACAAGGUGAACGCCUCGGCGCCCAGCCUGAAGCGCAAGCAGAUCUGGACGCUGGAGCAGGAUGAAGCCGACAGCUCCGUCGUCUUCCUCAAGAGCCACCUGGGCCGGUACCUGGGUGCCGACAAGGACGGGAAGGUGCGGUGCGAGGCCGAGCAGCCGGGUCGGGACGAACGCUUCAGCAUCAUCACCCAGUCGGACGGGCGCUGGGCGCUGCAGUCGGCCCCGCACCGGCGUUUCUUCGGGGGCCGGGAGGAUCGGCUCUCCUGCUUCGCCCCCAGCGUGACGGAGGGCGAGCUCUGGACCGUGCACUUGGCCAUGCACCCCCAGGCCAACCUGCUGAGCGUCAGCCGCCGCCGCUACGCCCACCUCAGCGCCCACGAGGACGAAAUCGCCACCGACAGCAACCUGCCCUGGGGGGUGGACGCCCUCAUCACCCUCUGCUUCCAGGACAAGAAGUACAGCCUGCGCACCGCCGACGAGCGCUACCUGCGCUGCGACGGCACGCUGGUGCCCGAGCCCGGCGCCCGUACCGGUUACACCCUCGAGUUCAAGGCGGGCAAGUUGGCUUUCAAGGACUGCGACGGCAAAUACCUGGCACCCACGGGGCCCACCGGCACCCUCAAAUCCGGCCGCAGCUCCAAGCCGGGCAAAGAUGAACUCUUCGACCUGGAGGAGAGCCAUCCCCAGGUGGUCUUCACGGCGGCCAACGGCAGAUACGUCUCCAUCCGGCAGGGCGUCAACGUCUCGGCGAACCAGGACGAGGAGCUGAACCACGAGACCUUCCAGCUCCAGAUCGACCGUGACACCAACAAGUGCAGCCUGCACACCAACACCGGCAGCUACUGGACCCUCGUGGCCCAUGGAGGCAUCCAGGCCGUGGCCACCGAAGUCGCUGCCAACACCAUGUUCGACAUCGAGUGGCGCGGGCGGCGGGUGGCCCUGCGCGCCAGCAAUGGCCGGUAUGUCUGCCCCAAGAAGAAUGGGCAACUGGCGGCUGUCAGCGACACUGUGGGUAAGUGCCUGGGCCCGCGGUGCUCAAGGCCGGGCUCCCGUGCAGGGGAGGAUGAGGAGUUCACCCUGAAGCUGAUCAACCGCCCCAUGCUGGUGCUGCGGGGCGAGCACGGCUUCGUCUGUUACCACCGUGGCUCCAACCUGCUCGAUUCCAACCGCUCCGUCUACGAUGUCUUCCACACCAGCUUUAGUGAUGGCGCCUACCAGAUCCAAGGCCAGGGGGGCAAGUUCUGGUACGUGGCAAGCAGCGGGUCGGUGUGCAGCGAUGGGGAACUCUCUGAGGAUUUCUUCUUCGAGUUCCGGGAGCGGGGACGCGUGGCCAUCAAAGGGAAGAACGGCCGGUACCUGCGCGGGGACCCAGCCGGCACCCUGCGGGCUGACAGCGAGUCCGUGCUGCGGGCCACGCUCUGGGAAUACUGA